AACGGAGCUGUAGGGCCGGGGCGCUCUAUUCCCGAGGGCCCACUCUAAGUGAGAACGAUCUAUGGUUUGCCUGAGAGAGGGCGGAGUUUUAUUUAAACCUUGGCGGCCAUAUUACUGGAGGCAGGAGUGGUGGAAUCGAGAAUGUCCACGCUGUUUCCAUCCCUGUUCCCCCAAGUGACAGAUUCCCUGUGGUUUAACUUGGACCGUCCUUGUGUGGAUGAGAAUGAGCUACAGCAGCAGGAGCAGCAGCACCAAGCCUGGCUGCAAAGCAUAGCCGAAAAAGACAAUGGUUUGGUGCCUAUCGGCAAGCCGGCUUCAGAGCCAUACGAUGAGGAGGAAGAGGAAGACGACGAGGAUGAUGAGGACAGCGAAGAAGAUUCGGAGGAUGACGAGGACAUGCAGGACAUGGAUGAAAUGAAUGAUUAUAAUGAGUCUCCAGAUGAUGGUGAGAUAGAGGCUGAUAUGGAAGGAGCUGAACAAGACCAGGAUCAGUGGAUGAUUUAAGCAGCCUCGUCAGGAAAAGAAAUCCUGCACUCACUGGUGCCAUAUUUAUAUUUCUGUGAAAUGUGACUGUUAAUGACAGAAAUGAACUCAUAGACUGAAUACAUGAAAACGCUUAAUGGAGGAUUUUGAUUGGUCAUUGCCAACUCUGUGCUCGGCACGGGCUGCAGAAAGAAACCUCUGUGUGUUUCUCCUGGGUACAUCCCAUAAUCACAGAGUGAGCUUGCCAUUUAACUGCUAUUGCUUCCCCUUUCCAUAAACUGCUUUACUGCUAGAAGUGGGGGUGUCUGUAGGCAGCUCCCCAGAUGCAGUGGAACCAAUGGGAGUGGGAGCUGGAGGGCUGUAGGUGGCACAGCCUGGGCUUGAGAUCCUUUGUUUGUCUGCGGAUGGGUUUGCACUGUCUCUGCCAAGAUAAUAAUGGGUUUUCUUUGAGCAGCCAGAAAGCACUGAGGUUCAUUGGGAAUGUGGAUCCCAUGAGACCUGAUAUAUGAGUAUUUACAUGUACUGCGAAUAACCUCUAAUAAACUCUUUUUUUAUUUAAUACCUAA